UUCACAGCACCAAUCAAUUCAAAACAAAAACCACCAUCUUCUUCUUCCUCCUCUGUAAUCCAUCAAAACCCUUCUGUCUCUCCCUCAACCCCCCGAACCAAGAAACAAUAACAGAUACCUUGGGUGGUUGUGGUGGAUGGCAAGAGCUAACAAGUACACCUCCAUUAACUUCAAUCACAUACUUGAUAAAAACCUUCCCACCUCCUCUCCCGUCAAUCGAAACAAUCCCCAGCAACCCUCAUCAUCGUCUUCUUCUUCUUCUUCUUCUUUUGGUUCAUAUUCUUCGCAGUCUUCUUUUAAUAGCAAUAGUCUUUAUAAGAAUCAAAUAUCCACUACUCGCGCCCAUGGCCGUAUGCUUGUCUUGACCCGACCUACACCCAAACCUAUUGCUACCGCCGCUCCGUCGCUCUCAACUUCUUCAUCUCCAUCUCCGUCUCCGUCUCCAUCCGUAUCCGCAUCCCCCGCCGCGGAUCAGCUCUUGGAUCGUCAACAAAACCCUCAGCUCUCAGAUCAAGAUCGCUACGAGAACGGUCAGGACGAUAUAUCUCUACGUCCGCAGGGUCGAACAGGGGCAAGUGUUGUGGGUUCGUCUCCUCUUCUGAGUCUCGAGAAGGGGAAGGACGCUGUUCCGGUUGUUGGGGUUUAUAAGCCGGUUCGGUUUGUGCCGCCGCAUCUGAGACCAGGUUUUAUGGGGAAGGAGGAGAGGCCAGGGCCAGAGGUUUUUCGGGGUAGAGAGCAAGCUCAGAGGCAGCACCAGCAAGGGCAUAUGGGGUUACCUAGUCAAUACGGGGAGGAUGCGCGACCUAAGUCGGGGGAUUAUGAGAAGAUCCGGAGGGGAGGCGAAUCAGAUAGACGACCUAGAUCGAUUGAUCAUCGCCCGAGUUCUAGUGGAUGAUAGUUCCUAUGAAGAUCAACUUGUUGGCUUUUUCCAAAGGUGGAAGUUCCUUCUCGAUCUUUUGUUGAUCAGCUGGUGCUUUCCCUUAUGGAAUCAGCAUUGCACGUCAGAAGCCAUUCGAAUUUCAGAUUUGUUGGAAGAUGGUACUUAGAGGAAUAUGCCAUGCCAAACCGCUGAAUACUUGUGGAAGAUUAUAAUGUUGUAUCAGGAAGAAAGAACUCUUUAUUUCUUCACAGUUGGUUUCGUGUUCAGGAAGAGACCCAAAAGUGCUCCUGCUCCAUGCAAUCAAUAUUCUUUUCUUGUCUUCUUUUUUUUUUUUUUUUUGUUCUUUGUGGGUUUCCUGUUAAUUGGUUUAGGUUUCCAGAAGUGGAGUGUUGAGUGACUGCUUCCAUUUUUGUUAUUCUUUACACAGGUUGUACUUUGAAAUCCUUAUGUUACAAUAUUUCUCAGUGACUGCAAUGGACUUUCCUUACUAUAUUAGAUAUUCA